AUGGGUUCUUUUGGCGAUAGAGUUGACAAAAUUAUGGAAGAAUUUCAUCAACCCAUGGAACUAAAAGCCGUUGUCGAUUUCUUACAAGAAAAAAAGAAACUCUUGAGUAUUGAUACUAAUGAUAUUGAGAAGUUUCAAGAGAUUCCAGGUCCGAACUUCUUUAAUUUGACUAAGAAAGAGAUUUCUCAUAAAUCGGGACAGUUUAAUCUGAAAUAUGCGCAAGCAGAUAAUAUUUUGAACGUUGUUGAUGCACUCAAUUUAAUUCGUGAAGCUGAAAAUAAACUCAAAAAGGUAGAAAUGUCUGUCGAGUCUGCGGUUAAACUGAUUAAGAAUCUUGAGUCAGAACAAACAAUCUCAGGUGAAACAUUUUUAUGUAAUCGUCUUGGGAAAACUCAUAUAGGCGAGGAAGGGACUCAUUGGGGCUUCAGGGAGAAAGUGGCUUUAUUGGAAGCUGUAUUUGAACGGCAUUUGCCCGAAAAGUUGUUUUGGCCUGACAUAAUGCAACGGUUUAAAGAGCUCACUGAUUCUGAUAGAACAGAAGCCGCUUGCAGACAGCAAUGGAAAAAUAUUGGGAUAGAUAACGUAUAUAAUAGAAUCAUCCCGGAAAAAGAAAGACUACUUGAAUGGCUAGCAAAAAAAUGA